AAUAACCACAGUCGGCGAACAGUUGUAUUGUGUAAAAGGGGGCAAAUGCACAGCAUUGUUCUGCGUGAGUGCUUCAAAGCAAUAAACAUCAUCUAGAAAAACUGCCAAGCUCAAGCUCCGCCUCUUAAGAAACCGACACUGCAAAGUAAACUUCGAUUAUCUGAGAGCUGCAAAUUCAUCUUUGGAUCUUGCAACAUGGCUAAAGUGAAUACCAAUGUGCCAACAAACCCAUCGGCGUUGGCCGUAGGAUUCCUGAUGUUACUCGGCAGUGUACUUGGUUGUGUUUUCACGCUUGUCUUCUCGGACCAAUUCCAAAUGUCAACAAAGUUGAGAAAUUGGCGAGAAAAUCAAAUGUCAGUCCAGAGUCUCCGCACUUUGCAGCAUGGAGUUGUCACAAUAAAGGCUGACAGACUGGCCAAAGAAACUCGAAUAUUGUGCUGGAUCUUGACGCAACCCAAGGCUCAUUACACGAAAGCAGUACACGUAAAGAACACCUGGGGAAAGCGGUGCGACAAACUGAUUUUUAUGAGCACCAAAAAGGACUCCUACAUGCAAAAGCCUCCUAAGUCAUUGUUGGAUCGCCCGUCAGUCUUCCUUCUUCAUUUCACCACCAAAGAUGAGAAACUCGGGGCCGUCGCCCUGAACACUUCCGAAGGAUAUUAUAACCUGUGGGGAAAGACGAAGGCAGCUUUCAGAUACGUUUACGAACACCACUUGGACGAGUACGACUGGUUUCUGAAGGCGGACGACGAUACAUACACGAUUAUGGAGAAUAUGCGGUAUAUGCUUUGCAGCUAUGAUCCAAAAUAUCCAAUUUAUUUUGGGUCAAAAUUUAGACGGUUCUACAAAGAGGGAUUCCUGGGUGGAGGGUCUGGUUAUGUUUUAAGCAGAGAAGCAACAAGAAAGUUAGUCGAAGAAGCGAUGUCAAAUAAGACGAAGUGUAAGGCGGGCGAACAAGGUCUGGAAGAUGUUGAAUUAGCUGCCUGUUUACUGAAAGUCGGAGUUUUGAUUGGUGAUUCUCGAGACAGCUUGGGUCGUGGCCGUUUUUUCCCGCUAGGCCCUGACAUCCACAUUAUGGGCCAAACACCUAAAUGGUACAAAAAAUAUGCUUUUUAUAAGCCGCAUCUGGGAUUGCAAGGGUGUUCAGAGACGGCGAUUGCCUUCCACCGCGUUCCUCCCGAACAUAUGUACUGGUAUGAUUUCCUUCUUUAUUACGUGAGAGCUUACGGAGUAAAACAUGAACAGCCAUUCCCCCCUCAGCUGCCACCCGACAGGAAAUGUAUACCUCAAGAGAUCCUUGAGAAGUUUGGUCAGACGAAGAAUUCAUCAAUAGUUUAGAAUUAUGGUUUUAUAACAUUGUAGAAGUGAUGUGGAAAUAAUUGGAGAGAUAAGUGGAUAUAACAUUAUAAUAUUGUUUGAUAGCUACUUACAAAGAGAGAUAAUAGAGUAAAGGUAUAGUCAUAGUUCUAUGUACAUGUAUAUGUUUCUACAGAUGUGUAAAUAUUAAAAGGUUUAUAUUGCUGGUGAUAAACAUGUUGACUUUUUUUCUGGAUUUGUUAACACGAUAUUUUUUCAUUAGAUCAUGGAGAUAUUUUCGUAAGAUGGUUUCAAAAAAAAAAAAAAUAAAAUAAAAUAAAAGUGCGAAUUUGUACAAAUCAUUAUUUAUCUAGCCUAUUAUAAUAGCACACACACACACACACAUAUAGGUGUGUGUAUGUAUGUACACAAGCACACACUACAUAUGCUAUAUGUAUAUU